AAUAUAAAAACAAAGGGUGUUCGCUGCUAAUUUAGUUUCUGUUUCGUCUUAAUCUAAAAUAGGAACAUUUACGCAUAAAUUGACAGUCGUUUUCUAAGCGUUUGCAGCUUUAUCUGAAAGGUAACAUUAAAACGUGAAUGUGUCCGUAUGUAGGACACCCCUGUCGUUUUUAGGCUCUGUUCCUGGGACUUCCUUGUUCAAAAGUUUUAUUUAGGCGAAGGCUUCAAAGGCGAAAGUUGACCGCUGGGUUGUUUGUUUCCUCCUCGACUCUGUUGUCAACAGUUAGAACGAGGAUUAUGUGUUGCACAUUUAGUUGUAACUAGCUUGUAGCAGCCGCAGCUUGAUGGAUGAACGUGUCAGAGGCUGUCAACAGUGAAAGAGGAAGAUGUCCACGGCUAAUAUUAGCGAACACAUCCGAGAGAAGUUUCCCCUGCACGCCGCAGUUUGGGGGAAUGAUUACAGGAAACUGGAAGAGGAAUUAAGAUUACCACAGAAUGAAAUCGAAGCCGUGGACCCCAGAGGUCGGACCGCUUUGCACCUGGCUGUGUCGCUCGGACACCUAGAGUCUGUGAGAGUCCUCCUGAGACAUGGGGCUCAAGUGACUAAAGAAAACGGCAACAACUGGACAGUGCUGCAGGAAGCAGUCAGCACCGGAGAUCCAGAGAUGGUUCACUUAGUGCUUCAACGUAGAGACUACCUCAAAGCCUCCACUGCGCUGGGAGGAGUGCCUGAGCUGCUGCUGAAGAUCCGAGAGUCUCCUGACUUUUACAUGGAAAUGAAGUGGGAAUUUACCAGCUGGAUCCCUCUCCUGUCUCGAGUUUGUCCGAGCGAUGUGUGUCGCAUUUGGAAAAGUGGCGCCUGCCUGCGAGUAGAUGCCACUCUCCUCGGCUUUGAAAACAUGACCUGGAUCAGAGGCCGGAGGAGUUACAUCUUCAGAGGAGACGAUUCGUGUGCCGAGCUGAUCGAGGUGAACCACGACGACAAAGUCGUUGACAUCGAACGCUUCAACAUAUCUCAAGAAAUGGAAGACGUCACGUUGGAGUCGAUGCAGCCAGCUGAACAGGAAGUUGCCAAAAGGUUGACCACACCGAUUGUCAACACCUAUUUGGACACAAAGAAUAUCGCUUUUGAAAGGCAAGUUUUUAAAUUAUACAGCAGGGCAAUGCUUCACAAAUCAGGAAUAUGGGGUUGGAAAACUGAUAAAACAGAAGUGAUCCAAGGAUUUGAAGCUAAGGUUUUCAAUGUCAACAACGUCCAUGUUGUAAUCAGGACGAGAACAGAGCAUUUAACAGACGAGGAAAAAGCCAGGAUUAAAAGUGAAAGGAAUGUCUUGGAGUCUCUGCUGGGAACUGUGGAGCAGCACAUAAGUGCUCAGGGGGACCUAACUCUUGAGUAUGCAACAGCCACAAACCCCACUGCAAUCACUCCGGAGGAAUAUUUUGACCCCGAUUUUGACCUGGGCAACAGAGACAUCGGCCGUCCCAUUGAGCUGACAGUUAGAACACAAAAGUUCAAAGGAACACUGUGGAUGAGUGAGGAACAUCCUCUGUCCCUGGUGGAGCAGGUGACCCCCAUCAUUGACCUCAUGGCUCGAACCAGUUCCCAUUUUGCAAGGCUGCGAGAUUUUGUAACCCUGAACUUUCCCCCUGGAUUUCCUGUUAAAAUAGAGAUUCCUCUGUUUCAUGUGCUUAACGCCAGGAUUACAUUUGGUAAUCUAAACACCUGCAGAGAUGAAAACGAAGUGAGCUCACCUGCAGCCACCACACCGAGCGCCUCUGUGGAGGAUGAAGCAGCGACAGCUCCUCUUCCAUUUCAGGUGUGCCCCUCAGUGUUCGAGGUUCCUGCGAGUUAUCACCGCAGAGGGGGCAGCCGCCACGCCCGCGUGCCAAACAACGACGAGGAGCUUCUGCAGUACGCCAUCCACCAGAGCCUCCUGGACUCUCAGAGAGGCCCGGGCCAGGUCAGACAGGACGGCAUCUGCAAUGAUGAGGAUGAGGGAUUUGCGAAUAUAGUGCCAAUUAGCCAAAACRACAGGAGCAUCCCAGAGGGGGUGCUGGUGGAAUACGAAGACGUCCCCRGCCCUGCCUCCCGCCCUGCCCCCAGCCUCGAUUCAGACCUCCGCCUGGCCAUGGAGCUCUCUGCUCAAGCUCAGGAGGAAGAGGAGAGGAUGAGGAAGCAGGAGGAGGAGGAGCUGGAGAGGAUACUGCAGCUAUCACUUACGGAAAAAUAAAAAGGGAAAAAGAGGGAUCUUUAUUUUUUUUAGUCAGAUCCCAGAAGCAACCACCACACCUCAGAUUUCCUUCCUAACCUCUCUGUCCACCUAUGCAACCGCAGAUGUUUCUCUGUAACAAAUUAACCUCAUGCAGGUAAAAUAAGGCCUGUUUGAUAAGGCCCUCCUUUUUCUAUA